CGGCCGCGCGGUCCCAGGCGCUAGCUGGAGGCGCCGCGAUGACCGCUCUGAACCGGGGCGAGGCCGCCGAGGCGGGCAGCAACCAGCAGAUGCAUGGAAAGACAGCUUCUCCGAAGAGCCCUGUGUCCUGCACAGAGAAACUAGCCAGGGUUCAGGCACCCCUGAACUCCAGUCUGCACUGGCCAGAAGGCUUGAAGGGUGAAGAGAUCAAGAAGUGUGGCCGAGAAGGGACACUACUGAGUAAAUACAACCAGCAAUACCACAAGCUGUUUAAGGACAUCCCCUUGGAGGAGGUGGUUCUCAAAGUGUGUUCCUGUGCCCUCCAGAGAGACCUCCUUCUCCAGGGCCGGCUCUACAUCUCCCCUAACUGGCUCUGCUUCCAUGCCAGCCUCUUUGGCAAGGAUAUCAAGGUGGUCAUUCCUGUGGUGUCUGUCCAAAUGAUCAAAAAACACAAGAUGGCCCGGCUCCUUCCCAAUGGCCUGGCCAUCACCACCAACACCAGCCAGAAGUAUGUCUUUGUGUCACUGCUUUCCCGGGACAGUGUGUAUGACAUGCUGAGGAGGGUCUGCACACACCUACAGCCUUCCAGCAAGAAGAGCCUGAGUGUAAGAGAAUUUCCAGAGGAACCCGAGUGCGAGUCUCUGGAAGUCCUCAUCCCUGAAAUGAAGUGGAGAAAAGUGUGCCCUGCCUCCAGGUCCCUGUCCCUCCCAGACAACAUCCCUUGUAUCCCUCAGGCAUCCAUGGGCUCCACUGACAGUUUCUUUCCCUCCAGGAAGCCUCCAGGCUCUGAGAAUGCAGUCUGUGAGGAGGAGAAGCUGGAGGAGGAGCCCAGGAGCGACGGGGAGCUGAGGCUCUGGGAUUGCCAACUCCUCAAGGUCAUCUUCGUGCUGGUCUGCUUCUUGGUCAUGUCCUCAUCCUAUCUGGCAUUCCGCAUCUCCCGGCUGGAACAGCAAUUACGCUCCCUGAAUUGGGAUGGCCCAGUCCCUGGGCACAGGUAACAGCCACCGUGCCUUUGUCCCCACUUCUCCGUGAAGAAUGUUCUGGGUGCUAAGGUUGCACCAGUGAUCCCCAUGGUUUAUGCUGCUGCUGCGCUGAGACUGAAUAUGAUGGAAUACAUUCCAGAUCCUUCCUCCUCCCCCUAACUCUUAUCCCUCCUGUUUACAAAGCUGCUACAAUUUGGGGACUCGGACAAAAAGCCAGAUUCUUGGAACCAGCUGAGAAAUUCUGUAUACUAAGCUUCGGCAAGCACUUCAGUGGAAAAAGAAAAUUAACUUGUUCCUUGGAAACAGCCUGGCCCAGAGGCAGAGGACUAGGAGCCACCCAAGGGACAAAGGCCAUGCUUUGGUAUCUGGAAUGCACCUCUUCAACUGUCACGUGGCUCUCUGCCGCAGUGGGACAGAGCCUCGAACCCAAACCACCAGCGGGGCUCUGAUCUCUCCCAGCAUACUGUGCUCUCACUUGGGCCCCUGCGAGUCUCUGUUCUGGGAGCCAGGCACC